AUGGGUUUUGAAUGUGGACAAGUAGACUUGAAUGCUUUUGUUCGACUUGGAGCACUAAUUGAUGCGCUUGAAAGGGUGAACAAAGGUAAGGUUCUGCAGGACGUUGGUCUUUCUAUUGGAGCCAUUGUUGUCGACAGUUGCUCAAGCGACCUCCGUACUGUUGCUGAUCUGUAUGAACUCUUCUUUGGUACAAAUAUUGAAAAGUUACAAAAAAACACGAAACUUAUUAGUGUUACUUAUAGAUCAGAACUAAUUGGAUUGAUACGCGAUGAUUCUACUUAUUUGCCAAAUGUUGACGAUUUUUCUCGAUAUCUACGUAUUCCAACUAUCAAUACCUUCUUCAGCCCCGAAGAACGACCUAUGACCACUGGUAUGUUACCAACUGAAGAAAUGUUAGUUGAAGCAAUUUUAUCGUUAAUUAGAUAUACUCACAGUACCUGUGUUAGUGCUGUUUUUGAUGACAGUCAUGCAAGUACAGCAAAAAUGUUGGUCAUUCAUGCGGAGCGAAAAUUUAUCUGUGUUGACGGUCAGGUCCAUAUUACCGGCCAGUCGUCAGUUGAUGUCGCUCAAACAGCUAUUCGUAAACUGCUUCUGACACAGGCCCGUUUUGUUUUGGCUUUCGUGAAUGAUGGAACAUGGUUGGACAUACUACAAGCGCUCAGAAAUGAAAUGGUUAUUGCUGGUCGUUUUGUUUUUGUGGUUCCUCAGUCUGAGAGGUGGACAACUUCUUUAAAAUUUGCAGAUGCUUGGCCACAUUUCGAUCAACUUUUACUUACUGUUACAAACAAGCGUCUGACUAACCAAAAUUUUGUCAAUCAUUUAACGCAACGGUUUCCGAGCUUACCGUUUCCUCAACACUGGUUAAGACAGUUUUGGAUGACGGCGUUCAAAUGCCACAUUGAAGGAGAAAAUCUUCCAGGCAAAAAGUUCUCAAGGCCAUGUAGUAAUCGCCAGACAUUAAGCUUAACGUCUGUAGUUCCAGAUUUGAAUCUUGAGCCAAUUACGUUAGCAGUUCACUCUAUGGCCGUUUCUCUUCGACAGCUAGUUGAUAGAGUGUGUCCAGGGGCGCUUCUUAAAACACUUUCGGACUGUGUGAAUGACCCUUUCCCAGCACUCUUCCGUUCGAUAAAGUCUUCUGGCUUUAAUCACUUCAUUAGUACAGAGCCUGAUGUUUACAUAAACUCAACUACUGGAUUUAGAGAUGCAGAAGUAAUAAUUAAUCGCGUUAGAAUCAGCUCUCAAGAAAUCCAGUUUGAAGAAGUAGCAAACUGGGACAUACACCGAGGGUUGCGUUAUGUAGCUCCUAACGAUCUGUUUUUGGAGGAGAGAGACGGCAGUCGUCAACGUGUGCAUUCAUCUUGUCCAAGAUCUGCUUGUGCUUUACGUUUCGCAUAUCAAAAACAGGCUAGUAGUAUUCCAUCAUUUCGAUCUGGGCUUAAUGAUUUGAGUACAAUGAUAUUUGCUGGAUUUUCGAUACUGUGGAUGUUUAUCUGUCUGAUGUGCGUUUAUCAACAGCUGAUCUCUCGAACAGAAGAUUUAUACCGAGUUUGCACAAUGGUCAUGUUUGUUGGACUUGCCUUCCUAUCGUUCAUAUCAGUCUUCUUUAUAAUGGUUCCUUCCUCCAUUACAUGUGCGGUGCGUUCUACCUGUCUGUCUAUUGCCCUUUCAUCCGUUUUUUCUCCAAUAUUGGUUAAGUCAGUUCUUUCAUGGCGACGUGAAAUGAUACUGUCAAAUCUUCAAAGCGCACGAAGUGGUAAUGCACACAGUUCGACAAUGUUUUGGUUGUCAGCAAUUGGUAUUUUCUUCCAAGUUGUAGUUGUUGCCGAAUGGAUGUUUUUUGAAUCGCCAAUAAGUCUAACUUUUUCAACAUUUGCGGAAGAGUCGAUGUGGAGAUGUGCGCCCGGUCAAAAAUACGAACAGAGGUUGUUCUACUCGUUGAUACUUGUUGCAAUGAUGGUUGUUACAACGGUUGUAACUUCACUGAUUACUGCCAAAAAUAUGGACAGCAGGCAGAACAUUCUCGUUUCAAUAAUAGCUGCGUUAUUUGGAAUUUCGUUAUAUUUAGUUUUACCGCUUCUCAGAUACUCAAUUCGAGAUAAAGUUUUUUCUAGUGGUAAGUUCAGCUUUUUGGGAAUUCCGAACAGAGAAGUUGAAGGUUAUGACUAA